AUGGCGGUAGUUGAGGAGGCAACGUCACCGACGGAGGCAAAGGCGGAAGAGAGAUCGCUGGAGGAGUGGUGGUCGGCUGAUGGCGGAAGGGCCGGUCAUCUGGUUGCAGUUCGGAGAUGCAGUGGGGAGGCAGCGCCAAAUCGUGUUGCAGAGAUAGAGAGGAGAUUAGAGAAGAAACUAACGAUGAAGGAGGCUGGAGACGACGAUUGCGAUGGAGGACGAUCCUGGAGGAGGAGGCCGGAGUUUGAGGAGGAAGCGGUGGAGCUAGCUGUCCUUGCGUUCGUUCUUUGGCGACGGGGAAGAAGAGCUGCGAAGGAUUACGCAGAUUUUGGGAGGAGAAGGGCAAACAAAUGA